AUGGACAAAUUCAAGGACUAUGUCGACUACGUACUCAGCGUUACGGGAUACGCACUAGCGUGGGUCAACAAGACUGCAAAAGGAGUCGUCCAGAAGCUAUUUGGAUUGAACCCGGAGUUUGUGGAGGAGACCGACCAGGAGGUGAACCCCGAUGGCAAGCCAAAAAGCAACGCCGAGUUUGUUGCCAACGUCAAGAAAGCUUUCGAAAAUACUCCCGCCGCGCGAUUCUUCAAAAACAAUCCGAAGUUCAUCGAAGAGCUGGCGGCGAAAGCCGCUGCCCUGGCCGAUGACCCGAGCACGCCCAUUUGUGGCAAGGACCUUCUACCCAAAACAGCUCAAGUUACUAUGCAUCAGCAGGUGCUGUAUUGUGACGACAGUGGCUCAAUGAAACGCGAAGGUCGUUGGGACUCUCAAAACAAACUCAUCAAUAGAAUCGCCCGAGUGACCACUCGAAUCCUACCCGAGGGCGAGGGUGUUUACAUGCGCUACAUCAAUCAGGAGAUACCGAAUUCCAACAGCCUUUCAUUCGAGGAUCUCGGCGAAGUAAUCAAGCCAUUAACCUGGGGCGGCGAUACCCCGAUAGGCACGAACCUGAAGAGCAAGAUCCUUGAGCCCUUAGUCUACAGCAAGCUGCCUAAUGACCUCAAAAGACCGCUUCUUGUUUCCGUUAUCACUGAUGGAAUGCCUGAGCCGGAACCAAAGUCGACGUUUGUGGAUGCCAUCGCUGAGUGUGGUGAUAAGCUAGAAGCUGCUGGACUUCCCCGCGAGAGUGUCAAGUUCGUUAUUGGUCAAGUCGGUACAGCCACGCGGGCGACAAAAUUCCUGCAGGACAUAAGCGAGGACGAAAGGAUUUCUGAUGUUAUAUUUGUCGCUUCAGGUAAGGCUCACAGUGCACUCGUGUACAUAUCACAUUACUAG